UGUACAGUUGUGGGGUAGAGAGCGCUGAAGAAGACCUGAGAUAGAGGUAAGCUGGCACCAUUGUGGCUGGCACUGUCAAAACUAGUAGGCUGAUAUCCCUUCUGAAGCAAAAAACUUAUUCUCACAAUGACAUGGGGGUUGACACAGUGAGACAGACAAGAAGAUAUUAACAUGGAGUUAAGAUAAUAAUGAAAUCAUUAUCAGCUCGGAUCAGAUAAAAUGGCAAAGUCAAGAUUCUUUCGAAAUGGUCUAAUCCUGGGUUCUACGUUUAUGAUCCUAAUGAUUAUUAUCUAUUGGGAUGAUGUGGGAGCUGCAAAUUUUUACCUGCACACCACCAUAUCUGGACCUCAGGCUUCCCGUACCCCCCCUGUAAGUCACUCCACGCCUAAGCCAGCGGCUGUCAACAACAAAGGAAGUUCCUUCCUGUCAGACAUUGAUGCGUUUCUUAACCACUUCUUAGCAGACAUGUCAGAGCCCAGUCAAAAAACCAGGGUUGACAACACUCCGGCAGCCUUUGGAAAUGCGUCCGGGGAUGCUGGGAAACCAGAAGACAAGCACAUCUCUGAGGAGAAGAAAGAGAGACAGGAUGACAGGAAACAGUUGAUGCAUGACUUGUGCAGCGUCAACAGCACCUUCGACUUUCCGGGCAAGAGCCGGACUUUUGACGACAUUCCCAGCAGAGAGCUGGAGCACUUAAUUGUUGACGACCACCACGGGAUCAUCUACUGCUACGUGCCCAAGGUGGCGUGCAGCCACUGGAAGCGUAUCAUGAUUGUGCUGAGCGAGAGCCUCCUGGUCAACGGUGUACCCUAUCGGGACCCUAAGGACGUUCCGUCCGAGCAGGUUCAUAGCCCCAAAGUUCAUCUCACCCUCAACAAGUUCUGGAAACGCUACGGAAAGUUCUCUCGCCACCUGAUGAACGUCAAGCUGAAGAAUUAUACCAAGUUCCUGUUCGUCAGGGACCCGUUUGUGCGUCUGAUCUCAGCCUACAGGAACAAGCUCGAGAAGGCCAACGAGGACUUCUACCGAAGGUUUUCCACAGUCAUGCUGAAAAGGUACGCCAAUUACUCCAACCCUCCUGCUUCAGUCGUCGACGCAUUCAGGUCUGGUAUGCGACCGUCUUUUUCUCACUUCAUUCAGUAUCUGUUGGACCCCAACACAGUAAAAGAUAGGCCCUUCAACGAGCACUGGCAACAAGUAUAUCACUUGUGUCAUCCCUGCCAAAUCAACUAUGACUUCAUAGGAAAGUUGGAGACUGUGGAGGAGGAUGCUGAGCAAUUGCUCCGCAUCCUUCACGUGGACGACAUCAUCCAUUUCCCUCCCGGUUACCACAACAAAACAACAAGCAGUUGGCAGCAAGGCUGGUUCUCCAAUAUCCCCUAUGAGUCCACCAGAAAGCUUUACAAGCUCUAUGAACCGGACUUCAAACUGUUUGGAUACACCAAGCCCGGAAAACUGAAAUGACUUAUUGCCUCCAGGGGAGUUUUUAGAGAGAGCUUGGAGACCUUUUUUUUUUUUCUGACUGAAACAUACAUAUUUCAGUGGAGAUAUCUCAGAUGGUCCACCAGAACAGUCCACAUGGCAUUUAUGAAACCAGAACCCUUUCCAAGAACAGGACCUGGAUCUCCAUUUGCAAAGAGUGAAUAAUAUUGGAAGAUGCUAAGCAGGACAUUAUUAUGAAUAAAUGAUAACCGAAAGUUAUAGAACUGUAUUGUGAGGUUGUACGGUCUGUAUGCAUGGCAACAAUGGUACCAUUAAUUAUUGAUUAUCCAGUGUUAAAAUUUUGAAUUGCUUUUUGGACAGGACAGUUUAUUUAUAGUGGAAAAAGGGUGCAUGUUAUAUGGCAGGUACAUGCAUUGAGAUAUGACUGGACGGGUACUAGUAAACUACUGCCAAACAUAUGGACUCUAUAAAGAUAAAGAUUGACACUGGAUCCAAAACAGACAAUAAGUCUUGAAAUGACCUCGCAAUCAUAAUAAUUGUACCACAUUAGCUACUGUAGCUCAAUUUAUUUGGCAAUAAUUGAUCAAAAUGGUCAACUACAACUAAUAUAAUUUGUGCCUGUUCUAAGGCAUCAAGACAAAAAUGCUUACCAAAGGUAGCUUUUAAAGGGGUAGACUCGCUAAACAAUUUUUACUAAAUUAUUAUCUGUAGGAUUAGGCCUACUAUUUAAAAUAAUUAUGAAGUGGCAAUUUACCGAUUCAUUUCACAAUUGAAGCAAAAUAUGCUUAGCAAGCUAGUGAUUUUUGGGGGGUUUACAAGGGUUUGAGUGACUAUAGACUUACAUUGUUUGCCUUGAUAUCUCAAAAGUAUUUUUUGAUUUCUGACAGGAGCCUAAGCUCAUUUAUUUUGUGCCAAGCCAUUUCAACCAUUUAUAAAUUAAGUGAUAAUGGUCCAUGUUUCUACUUGUGAGAUUGGCCAGAGGCUAAACAUCAGUUUGAUUUUGGAGGUCUCAAACAUAUCCUCUUUUGAUGUGCCAGUAAAUUGUUGAAUGAACGUUUAAGACUGCACACAAUUCAGCUUCAAUGGGAAAUGUCUAAAGACCAUGGAAACCAUCUGCCUUUUGGACUCACCAACCAUAUCAACCAUGUGUCAUUAUAAAAUGGGGCUAGAAAAGAAUACUGUCCCUAUUGAUAUGUACACAUGGACAUGCUUUAUAAUGAUAUGACUAGAUUAGGUUUAAUGUCUUUAGUGCCCAUCAGCAUUAUAUGCUUUUAUUCAAAUGAACACACUCCUGUCAGUAUUGUCUGGCUACUCCUCCCCAUGGAUUUCUAUAUUUAGCAUUAUUAGUUUUUACCAUUUUCAUGAAUGCUGUUGGGUUCACAGGG